AUGAGUUUAUUAACACCUUUUAAAAGACUUAAAUGGGGGUUCAUACCUGUUGAAAGACACGUUGAGGAUGAUCUCCAUACUGAAUUACAAGAAACAGAUUCAGCUAAAGAUUCCAAGAUUUCAAAAGAUCCAAUUGAUACUACAGAAGCUUUAAUUCAUAAUGAUGAAGAAGAUGGUGAAACACAAUUAGAAUAUAGAGAUGAAGCAAAUAGACCAUGGUGGAAAUUUUUUGAUGAAUAUGAAUAUAGACAAAAUAAAGCUAAAAGAUCAAAACAUAAAUGGUAUAAAUGGUUUAAUGAAUCUGAUACACCAGCUGAACGUAAAUUAAUUAUAAAAUUAGAUAUUACAUUAACUUUUUAUUUAAUGAUGCAAUAUUGGGUUAAAUAUUUGGAUCAAACAAAUUUAAAUAAUGCUUAUGUUUCUGGUAUGAAAGAAGACUUGGGGUUUAAGGGGAACGAUUUAGUUAAUACUCAGGCAAUGUUUACCGUUGGAUCUAUAGUUUUCCAAAUUCCAUUCAUGUAUGCUCUUUAUAAAUUACCAAUGAAUUAUAUUUUACCAGCUUUAGAUAUUUUAUGGUCAAUUUUCACUUUGGCUUCAUAUAGAGUGGAAACAGUUGCUCAAAUAAAAGUUAUGAGAUUUUUUGUUGGAUUAUUUGAAUCAGGUGCUUAUGUUAGUGGACAAUUUUUAUUUGCAAGUUUUUAUACAUCAGAUGAAAUUGUUCGUAGAUCAACAAUUUUUUAUAUUGGUCAAUAUUUAGGUGUUGCAACUAGUGGAUUACUCCAGGGGAAAUUAUUUAGUUCAUUCCAUAUGAUUCAUGGAUUAGAAGGUUGGAGAUGGAUGUUUAUUUUCGAUGCUGUUAUUAGUUUUGCUGUGGGGAUUAUUGGAUUUUAUUCAUUACCUGGUACACCAGAACAUUGUUAUUCUAUAUGGUUAACAGAUGAUGAAGUUAAAUUAUCAAGAUCAAGAAUGAAUAAAAAUAAUACAUCAGGUACAAUUGAUUAUUCCAAGAAAUUUUUCGAUAAAUCAAUUUGGAAACAAAUUUUAACAUCAUGGCAAGUUUAUGCAUUAAGUUUAUGGAAUAUUUUCUUAUGGAAUAAUAAUAAUGGUACCUCGGGGGCUUAUUUAUUAUGGUUAAAAUCAUUAGGUAGAUUUUCUAUUCCAAAAGUUAAUCAAUUAUCAGCAGUAUCACCUGCCGUGGGGAUUAUUUGGUUAUUAUUAACAGGAUGUUAUGCAGAUUUAUUUCAUUCACGUUGGCAAGCUAUUUUCAUUUCACAAAUUUUCAAUUUUAUAGGGAAUGUUAUAUUAGCAAGUUGGAAUGUACCAGAACCUGCUAAAUGGUUUGCAUGGAUGUUACAAUAUACGGGUUGGGCAGCUGCACCAACUUGUUAUUCAUGGGCUGGUGAUAUUUUGAGAAGAGAUUUACAAAAAAGAUCAAUUGUUAUGGUUAUUAUUAAUAUCCUUGCACAAACAUUUAGUGCCUGGAUCUCAGUUAUCGUGUGGGCUACAAGUGAACAACCAAGAUUCCUCAAGGGUUAUUCAUGGACUGCAGCAGCUGCUUUUUCAUUAGUUGUAUGGACAUUUGUUAUAUUAUAUUUUUAUAAAAAAGAUGAAAGAAAAUUUGCUAAAGAGAAUGGGAUUAUUUUGUAUAAUUCCAAGACUGGUGAGAAUUAUCCAUUACCUGAUAAACAGGCGUGA